AUGCAUGUACUAAUUUUUGUUUUAUGUCCAGCUAUCCCAAACACCACACCAUUUUGGAAUUCUGCUCCACACUACUCAUAUAUCAAUUGGGCUCACCCAGAUGAGGAGACGGAUUUUUUUCCUGGUAGCGAUGUGGGUGGAUCAUGGGAGUUAGGUGAUGAUUUGUAUGUUGGUUUGCGUUUUGAGAGCAAGGAAGAUGCCAAGAUGGGCCUUAAGUAUUAUUGUUUCAAACGUCAUCAAACCUAUAAGAUACUCGAAUCCAAACCAACUUAUUUUACUGCCAAUUGUCCCAAUCAUUUGGAUGGAUGCCUUUGGAGGAUGAGAGCACGCAUGGACAAAAAUAUCGAUAAGUGGGUUAUAUCUAGGUGGGUCGGCCCUCAUGCGUGCGUCAAUCCGAUGAGAUCGCAGGACCACACCAAGAUGACUUCCGAUGUCAUAUGCUCUUACAUAUUGGGCAUGGUAGGUGGUCGGCCAUUUGUCCCCAUUGCAGCCAUACAGGAGAGAAUCAGCGGGGAACUUAACUACCAAGUGUCAUACAUGAAAGCUUGGUUAGCGAAGCAAAGGGCACUUGCGAAGGUGUUUGACAAUUGGGAAGAAUCUUACGCAGAGCUCCCAAGAUGGCUUGGUUAUAUGAGUUCAUUUUCCCCAGGAUCCUACUACUAUAUUUACACAGAUGCUUAUAUCGGUGCGGAUGGUUUUGUUGAUGGUAGUGUUCGCAAAUUCCGUCGAGUGUUCUGGACUUUCAAACAAUGUUGCGAAGCUUUCAACUAUUGUAAGCCGAUGAUCCAGAUAGAUGGCACUUUUAUGUAUGGAAAGUAUAAAGGAACGUUGUUGAUUGCCACCACUCAGGACGGAAACUCUAACAUUUUACCGAUAGCUUUUGCAAUAGUGGAGAGUGAAAGUACGAGUUCAUGGGGUUGGUUUUUGCGUUUGAUAAGGCAACAUGUUACUCAGAAACAAGGUAUAUGUUUGAUAUCAGACAGACAUGCAGGCAUCAAGGCCGCGGUAAGGGAUGCGAGAAAUGGGUGGCAGCCUCCAAAUGCGCAUCAUGUGUAUUGCAUCUGCCACAUUGCUAGCAACUUCAACCAUAGGUUUAAGAAUGCAAAGCUUAAACAAGAGCUGGUUAUGAUGGGUUACGAGCCAUGUUUGUACCUUUUUGAACGGAGGUUGGCCAAGUUUCGACAAACUAGCCCCGCUAUCCAGGCAUGGAUUGAUGGAAUCAGUAGGGAUAAAUGGAGCCUCGUCUGUGACAUCGAUGGUGGUAGAUUCGGCCACAUGACAACCAACCUUGCAGAGUCUGUUAAUAAAGUGUUCAAGGAUGCUAGGAACAUGCCGAUCACUGCACUUGUCAAAUGCACAUAUGCCCGUCUUGUAGAUUACUUUGUUCAAAGAGGCAUUGCUGCAAGAGAUCAACUGCAGGCCCGCCAGGUAUACUGCCACAAGGUCAUGGUCGCAUUAGCCAAAAAUCAUGAAAAGGCAAGUGCUCAUAUGGUGCGCACGUAUAACGUGGAGCAAACAAGGUUUGAGGUCGAGGAAGGAUUUAACCAGCGUACGCAUCGUAAUGGUUAUAGGUGGAGUGUUCGGCUAGACGAGCGAACAUGCGAGUGUGGACGUUUCCAAGCCUUCAAGUAUCCAUGUGAUCACGUGAUCGCGGCAUGCGCUCGACAGUCCAUUAACUAUUAUGAUUUUGUUGACCCUGUGUAUAAGUUGGAGACUGUAAGGGAUGCGUAUAAAGCUGAGUGGUGGGCCCUUGGAAAUGACUUGAACAUUCCUCCAGCAGGUGAUGGCCCUCGACUUGUUCCAUACCCCACCAUGGUGCGUGUUAGAGGCCGCCCAAGGUCAACUCGAAUCAGAAAUGAGAUGGACCUGACAGAGUCUCAACCGAGCCGGCGAAAUAAUGCACUUCAAAGAUGA